CAACAAGAUGUGUGCUUUAGUUUAUUGGCUGAUCAAAAUUUUGUGUGGGAUUUGAAAUUUCUCGCUUUUUUGAUUUCCUUUUUUUCUUUUCCUUCUCCUACUAUUUUAGGCAAGAGAAAGACCAACGAAGGAAAUCGACAAGGUUUGAAAAACGAAAGCAAUGGAAGAUGUGGAUAUACACCUUGAUAGCGGGCGAUACCUACAAGAAUAUGUUGCCAGCCUAGAAAAUCUUCCGAGUGAAAUUGCAUAUCAUUGGGCAGAGAUACAAAAUCGAAACAAUCAGUGCCAAGCGUUGGAACGUCGUAUCCAGUUGCAGCAGCAGGAUCUGACAAAGAUUCAUCGUCAAUGGUUCCAACCCGAUGCAGACAAGAAGGAAAAACUGCUCCGACAAGAACCCUCCAUUAUUCGACGCAUUCAACGUGAUUACGAGAAACUGAGCGAACUGUCGACCGAACGUAUUCAGUUGGCCGAGGAAGCCUUACGAUUGGUAAGUUUUUUAGCAAAGAACUGACAAGAAUCGUAAUCGACCAUUAUGCUGAGCUUGCAUGGUAUGACAAAAAAAUAGUUGGAUCGUCACUUGCAUCGAUUAGCUCAUGAUCUCGAUGAGCUCGACAAGACCCAUCCCGACUUGGCACCUGC